GCAUCGGGUCCCGAAGACGAGUAGCACAGUGCUGCCUUCCUUAGCAUGGCCAGCACCGCGCAAAAGACUUGGGAGCUGGAGAAUCAGGUUGUCCCUGUAGACGACGCAACCAUCUACGCAUUCGACCAGGCGGAGCAAGAUGCCAUCUUCGACAAGAAGCCGUGGAAGGAGGAUGUGAACUUCUUCAAGUCCGUGCGCAUGUCCGCUGUGGCCAUGAUCAAGAUCGUGAUGCACGCCAAGUCCGGCGCGCCCCUGGAGGUCAUGGGGCUCAUGCAGGGAAAGGUCACCUUGGACCGAGAGUUCAUCAUCAUGGACGCCUUCCCUUUGCCGGUUGAGGGCACCGAGACGCGGGUGAACGCCGGCGCCGGCGCCAACGAGUUCAUGGUGACCUUUACCGAGACCUGCGAGCGCAUCGGCAAGGUCGAGAACGUCUGCGGCUGGUACCACUCCCACCCUGGCUACGGCUGCUGGCUCAGCGGCAUCGACGUGCAGACUCAGAUGACGUACCAGCAGCACCAGGAACCCUGGUUGGCGGUGGUAGUGGAUCCGGUGCGGACCUGCGCCUCGGGGAAGGUGGACAUCGGGGCCUUCCGCACCUAUCCCGCCGGUUACACCCCGCCAGACGAAGGGCCAGGAGAAUACCAGCCAAUCCCCCUGGACAAGAUCGAAGACUUUGGAGUUCACUGCAAGCAGUACUACAGCCUGCCCAUCGAGGUCUUCAAGAACAGCUUGGACAACACCAUCCUGGAGCUGCUUUGGAACAAGUACUGGAUCGACACCUUGUCGAGCUCGCCGUUGCUGCACAACCGGGGCUUUUGCAACCAGAUGGUUCAGGACUGUGUUCAGAAGUUGGAUCAGAUUGACAUGAACUCAGCUUCUCAGUCCAGAUUCCGCAUACUCAUGCAGGAGCCUAAGAAGCGGAAGGAGGACAACUUGUUGAACAAGGUUGCCAUUGAUGCCGCCAAGAAUGCAGGAGAACAAGUUCAGGGCCUUGCAAGUCAGGUGGUGAAGUUCGCCCUCUUCCAGGGCAGGGCCUCUUGCUCCUGCCGCGAGCAGCAGCCCACACCCAUGGAGAGCUAGCGCUACAUGUGGCGGUCAU